CCUCUCUGCCCCAAAAAAUGUGAAACCAAACCCGAGCAGCAGGUAACAGAAUCCAGUUAUUUUAAAACCAAUAGUCAACUAACUCGACAGGAACAUGGAAGUAGCAGCAAACGGACAGUUGAAAGAAAUACUCGUCGCUUUGAAAGAUACUGAGUAAAAUGAGGGAACGCCACUAUGCUCGUUUAAUAUUGUUGUUUGGCUGCUUGUGCGUCUCUAAUGUCUCUGCCCGUAGUUCUGCCUGGAUCUUGUUGUCGUUUAUCGGGGGCGGCGUUGGCCCAUCAGUUUGGGGACGCACCUUACAGAAGUCGUGGCCGCUGUGUGUCCGUCCUGCCAUCAUCCCGUAUGUCUGGAUCUCAGACGCGGAUCAUCCCGGCGCUGCUGCCCGCUCGCCCUCUGCUCUCGCUCGGCUUGCUGCAGCUGGUUCUCGGCUGCUCCAUGGUGGCGCUCUCUUUCGGGGCUCUGUCCCUUAGCAACUCGCCCCCUAUUAGAAACUCCUGUCCGUUUUGGGCCGGAUCUUCUGUCAUCCUAUCUGGAAUUAUAGGGCUAACCACAUGGAAACGACCAAUGCUGCUGCUGGUAAAUCUGUUUGUAUUGCUGUCAGUGGUCUGUAUCCUGCUAAACAUGGCAGGAUUCAUCCUAUGCUGUCAGGGUGCUCAGUUGGUUUCCAGUACCAUUAACUGUCAACUGAGUGAACAUGGUGACCUCUGUUACUGUUGUGCUGAGACUCCAAGCAGUCAGUGCCAAGAAGAGAAGUUGGUAAAGAUCUAUGCUGGCCAUGCAUGUAGCACAAUGAGAAUCCUGCUCAAGAAAGUGCUCUUUGCAUUGUGUGCACUUAAUGUUCUGGCCACAGCAGUGUGUCUGGUAGCUGCUGCGCUCAGAUAUCUCCAGAUCUUCUCAACCAGACGGCCCUGCAUGGAAGAGGCUCAGCCAGUUCAAGAGGAUGUAGAGGAGCAGACUCAUCUUCCUGACCCUGACGAGUUUGUCGCCCCUGCACCUCCUCCUUCAUAUUUCUCCACCUUCUACUCUUACACCCCACGCCUAGCUCGCAGGAUGUUUGCUGACAUUAUGAUUUCUCUUCCUCAUAUAUAUGGUGCCAGGAUUAAAGGAGUGGAGGUGUUCUGUCCUCUAGAUCCCCCUCCACCUUAUGAAGCUUUAGCUUCACAGCCAACAGCACAGGCCCAGAACACUGAGGUGCAAAUGACUGAUCUGAUAGAGGUUCUCACAGAGCACACAGAAACAGAGACAGAGACACUUAUCAACCAAGACAGGUGCUGUCAGAUGGCUAUAUUGAGCCCCACACCGCCGAUACAAUCCAGACAGCCUCACACUGCAAUUCCCUCCAGCAGAAGACCCCAAAGACUCUGUCUCCGCAGGUCUAACAGCGAUCCUGUCCUACUGGAUCUGAAUGCCAAAGUAAUGAGUUGUGAAGCAGCUACACAGACAGAGUUAGGCCCUGGCCCGACUCCUGAUUCCGGUUCAGUGACUGGAACAGAGCAAAAAAAGGUAACGUUACGACGAGGGUGUGGCAAACGGAAGCCGCGGCCAAACUCCCUGGUGGACUACCAGAGCUACAGAGACACAAAACUGCUGGUGUCACGUUUUCUGGAGCAGUCCUCCUGCAGCUUGACUCCUGAGGUGCAGGAGCUGGUCAACAACAUUAAAACUGUGCUGCGCUCUGAUGAGGAACACAUGGAGGAGGCGGUUCGCUGUGCCAGCUUCAUUGACCAGGCUAUAAUAGUUUCAGAGGUCACACCAGCGCAACCCACUCCUCGAGUGCAGGUGCAGACGGAGCUUACUUCCAACACUCUGCCUCUGCGGAAGCGGCCAGGCAUCCUUCACCUGCGCAGCUGUGGGGAUCUCAGUUCAUUUGCAUGGGCAGAGCUGCAAGCUGGGCCAGAACGCAAAGCCGGAACCCACACGGCCUCCCAUUCUAGAACAAACUCCAGGAUGGGAUCUAGGGCAGGAUCCCGCCGCCAGGAACAUGAGCGGCCACACAGCCUUAUAGGAAUCUUCAGAGAAACUGUCCUUUGAGAUAAGGAAUGUCUCACAGACUGAAUUAGGAGGAGGAAAUAGACACUAGCACAUCUUGAUGCAAGUAUAGAGAACACCACAACAUGAAGGAAGCUAAGCUUUGUAUACAGUACAAGUGAUUUUACACAAAAAUUAAUUAUUAAUAAUUUAAUCACCCUCAUGUUCUUUCAAACCCGCAAUAAUUUUAAUGUUCUGUGGAAUACAAAAUUAGCUGACCUCAGUCACCAUUCACUUUCAUGUAUGGAAAAAAAGAUACACUGAACCUUACAAUUCCCUUUGUGUCCCACAGAAGAAAAAAAGUCAUGUUGUUCAGGUUUGGAACGACAUGAGGGUGCAUAAAUGAUUUAUUAUGAUAUAUGAUAAAUUAUAAUUUUUGAGGAAACUGGCCCUUUAAUUUUUAAAACGUGGCUGUUUGGGAUGUAUUCACACAUUAAAUAUGUGUUGUUGUUUUUUGGGGGGGGGUUAUUUACUAAAUUUCUAUGUUACUUAUUUAAAAAUUAUAGUGACAUUUACAUUUAUAGGGCCCCUGCAGUGUAGCGUCACACAUGAGUGUUUCUGCAACAGCCAGUUACGUUACAAGCUGCCAGAUUCAAAUUGGCUUUCAUGCUGUCACAGGCUGUGCUGGUCAAGAUUCUGUCAUUUAUAUUCGCUCAAUAAUUUCCUCAUACAGUCUUUUAAACCACAUAAUAAGUUUACUUCAUAUACUGUACAUACGUCCAACUCAUCACUAAAGUGCCACAAUAAAAAGUUUACAGCUCAGUCAAUACAUCAAAAGCAAUCGUCCUCCGAUGCGUGCUGCCAUUUGUUUACAUUAGUAGCAGUUGCCAUUCGUCAAACAAACAGCUACUCAAAGAGUCGUUUCAAGCACAUAAUAUGUUUAUUUUAUGUAACAAACAGCCUAAUUGUCACCAAAGUACUACGAUAACAGUUUAAAACUCAUAUACUCCCAGUGAAAACAUGCUGAUCGAGCGUGAUUAUUCGAUGCAUGCAGUCAAGUCUGUUUACAUUAGCGCUUCUCACACACAGGCACACACAAUGUCUGAGAUGUCAAAAAGUGCAUUGGCAAACCAGACUGCUGAUAUUAUUUGUUCAUUUGUUUUUUACAGCUAAAAAAAUUAAAUAAAUAGAACAAAUACAGUACAUCAGACAAAACGAUUUGUUCACGUUUACUAUAUUAUAUACAGUAUUUUAGUUUAUGACAAGAAAAUAAAAAUAUUCCUCUACACUCUGCCCACAUCUACCGGCUGUGCAGUCACAUGCAAAAAUAACUCACUGUAUGUAUGGCCUUAUUUACCUUAAUGUGCUAUGGAGAAAUAUUGAUCGCUGAUUAAAUCAGCAUAUUGUGAGAAUUUUAUGUAUUUUUUUAUUUUCAUUUGACUGUUCUUCCAAUUGUGUCCUUUAAAUGUCUGCUAUGCAUUAUUACUGAAUUUGAGAUGGCUUAUCUGCAAAUGCAACUCACCCAAGAUUUAAUAUUGUUUUUAAUGUGUUUUUUUUUUCAAUUGGUUACAUUCUUUUCUUAAUAUUGGGUACCCGUUUGCAACAUGCAUCUUCCUUGACACAUCUGUUAAUUUCUCUUUCAAAAUUCACUAAAAACAAAACACUUCAUACAUGUCUCACAAUCAGCCUAUUCUACCAUAACACAGCAAACAUCCUCACCCAGCAAACACAGUUUGUCAUUCACAACAUUUAAUACUGGUAACAUAUGAUGUGUAAUUUAAUUUGUAAUUUUUUGGCCAAACAACUUGGAAUUUAAAGCUACACUCUAAAUAAGUAAUUUGUUCUAAAGACAUUAAUUGUAGUUUUGCAAUAUAUGUAGGGAAUCAUGACCACUCACAUUAAAAUGAAGACUCAUUUACAUUAGUAACCUUAUAAAAGCUGUUUUAUUCUACAUGGAGAGGGUCUGCACAUGGGGGCUGCCAUGUUAGAAUCACAUGACCAGCCGAAUAUUACUCGCUUAAUCUCAGUAACUGUCCUGUUAUUUGACACUUUCACUCAUUGAUUCAAUUAAUCAUGGCUGACUAUGAAUACAAAAUGUCUACAAUGCCAUCUGAAACUUGAAAAUAUUGAUUUUAAAUGAUGCUGCAUCCAAGACGCUCAGUGUAAGUCCAAGAUGACACAAAGACAGAAGUUACUGAGUGCACCUUUAACAAACAUUUACUAACAUACACGGGAUGAUUCAGGAUGCACUGCAGUCGAAGUUAUAUAAACAAAAUACAAAUGUGAUGAUUCAGUAUGGUCUUUUCUGAAUAGAGUUGGCCAACACUGUCAACACACACACACAAAGCCUAAAUACUCAAUUCAAAAGUGUAAUUACUUGAAGUGCUAGUCAAAGUGGUCCUCUGCUUUUAGCCACAAUUUAUCAUCUACAUCACAUCAAAUGUUUUCUAUGGCAAUAAACCUUGGGAAGACUCCUCGCCUUGGGUCUUCCUCUCAUUUGUCAUCCAUCCAUUUUCUAUAACCACUAAGCCUAUUUAGGGUAGUGCUGGAGUCUAUACCAGCUGCCCUGGGUCCAAGGUGGGAAACCACCUGCAUGUCUUUAGACUGUGGGGGACACCGGAGCACCCAGAGGACACCUGCGUGAACAAGGGGAGAACAUACAAACUCCAAACAGAAAGGUCCAGGUUUAGCCAGGACUCGAACCAGUGACCUUGCUGUGAGGCGACAGUGCAACCCACUGAGUCUAGUUGUCACCCCUCUCAUUUGCCUUGCACCUGGAAUAUGCACUCCUCUUUUCCUUCCAUGCACUACCAAUAUAUCUGCUCUGUCAGCCACGUUAGCAUAACACAAUCAUUACAAAGUUGACCCCUUUUUUACAGUAUACAGGUGGUCACAUCAUUGAUAAGUCAUCAGGUAAAAGAGAAGGCAUCUGGUUUUAUCUCGUUUAACUAAUUGUUUUAAUUUUGAAUAUUCUUCAAUAUGAAAUUAUGGUAGAAAUAACAGAUAUUGCAGUCUAAUUCAGUUUCUUUUUCUGUUUUAAACACAAAUGUAGCCGUUUUCAAAACAGUAUGUAGAACUUUGCAAAAUUAGCCAUAGAUUCACAGAGUUUAUCAAAUGGUUGAGUUUGAGUGAGAGAAAGUUUGAAAGAUUUGAAUGCAUUUUGUACCAAUCCGUUGGCAAGAGGAUUGGCAUAUUGUCUGUUGUACACAACAACAACCAUUUUGAAAGAAAUUAUGUAAUGAACCUUUUUAAAAGAGAUUCAUGCUGAUAUUUGCUGUGAGAGGGAUUAAAGAGACAAUCUAGGGUUAUACGCUCUCAGUAGUUCAUUUAAUGUUGUAAAUACUGUUACAAACAUCCCUGCUAUAUGUCUAUAUCACAGAAAAGCUAGCAAAUAAAUAAACAUUGCUAUUGCUUUACAGAAAGUUUGUAUUUUUACUUCAGACAUUGACAAACAUAUAAUUGUAAUUACAUUCAGAGCAAGUGCAUUAUACAGUAUAAAUAUUAAUCAAACCCACAAUUUCUUUCCUACUUCAAAGCGAACCACAAUUUGCUGAGGCCUUGUAUUCUACAGUCUUGAGGUGGCAAUCUCCAUUUAACCCAUUCUAUACUCUGCACACCCUGUUUUACAUAUUUACAUUGAUAAUUCGUACUUGGUGUUAUUUCAUUAACACAUUAAGCCACUUGUUUUGUUUCUCCAACAGUACACAUCCAUCACUCAUUAAAGCUUCCAAUUGAUUCAGAGUUGGGCAGAGACUGCCCUGUACUUUAUAGUGCAGAAGUCUGGGACACUUUAGUUAUAUUAGGGCGUAGAAUUGACACAUUGCUCUUACAGCUCAAAAAACUUUCGAUGUCUUAACUGUUCACGUGUGAUUAGUAAAUUUGAUUUAUUGUUUACUGAGAUUUUUUAGCAUAUGGGAAACUCCAUGGCUAUAGUGAACCAAAACAUUAUGGCAAAAAUUGCAGUAUUAUCAGCCUGCACAAGUCAUUCAGGAAUACAUGAUGCCCCUUAAGAUAGUAUAACAGGUGUCAAAGACUUUUGCACAAUUCACUUUCAUUAUUGUACACAUGGUAUAUACUCAAUGGAUAUACAGUAUAUAUUAUGCUAUAUGUAAAUAAAUAUAUAUGAUGAAAAUGUCUAGCUCAGAGGUCUUCCUGGAGACCUACAGCACUGCAUAUUUUGGACGUCGCCCUUAUGUAACACACCUGGUUCAAAACAUCAGCUAAUUAGCAGAGGCUCCAUGACCUAAACGGAGUUUGCCAGGUAAGGGAGACUAACACAAUGUGCGGUGUUGUGGGUCCUCAGAAACCGAGUUGAAGACCUCUGGUCUAGCAGGUUUUUAUUUUAUAAUGGAAUCAAAUGUAAUCACACUUCACACUCACUACAAGAAUAAAUAGCAAUGCAUACCAAAUGACAAAAAAAGACCAUGCUUCACAUUAAGCAAAAACAAAAUGAAACACGAGUCCCUCUCUGUGUUAAAAUAAUACAGAGUUAACGAGGUCAGAAUGUGUUUUUAGGGUGAAACUCAACAGUUUAUGCAAUAUGUAUUCAAGAAGUACCUCUUAUUUCAACUACAGGAAGCUUGUGACCAAUACAGAGGCAAGGUGGCAUCAUUUAAAGAGCCAUAAUCCCAUCAAUACAGCCACUACAUAGUAAUAACAUUGAUCACAAUAUUUAUUUUAUCAGUACAGAUUUAACACUGCGUUAAUGUCAACAUAUUGUGACCAUCUAUAUUGCUAUAUCAUUCGUUUGAUGACAAAAGUUACCUUCGCAAAUAAGAGUUUCAUUAGUGUGUAUGAGGAAUUCCAGGUAGCACACACAUAUGCAAGCAAGAAAAAGGGGGAAGGAAGAUUUUUCCUUUGCUUUUGCAUUCAGCUUCUCGUUAGACAUGUUCUGUUACUCAGAUCUCUUUAGAUAUAAAAUCACAUUUAUAGUAUAAUAUGUACCAGACUUACAGUCUGUCUCUAAUAGGUAGUAAUGGGGAUGCGCCAAAGAAUGCUCUGGGUCAAACACUGGUCAGUUCUUGCACAAAUUAUGCCACAAAUAUGGAAAAGGUUCGUGCCUGGCUGCAGACUCUAUAAUGAAAUCUGUGUUGCAUUGGUUCACGUUGAGAUACUCUCUUUAAAGUAGUAUACUGGAUCUGUAUCUAAAGCAGAGUUAAACAUACUAAAUCCCCUGGAAAAUCCACCUCAAAAUGCAGCAGACUGAGAGUUAAUACAGUUUUGUGAAGACACAUUCUGUUCUUAAGUAAUUCGUGGAAAAGUAGCACACAUGAAUUAAUCAUUAAGUUGAUAAAAAAAAAGACUCAAAUUCAUAAUGUAUGAUGAGGUAUAAAAAAAUAAAGAAAACAAAAGAUAAAUGACCAUCCUGAAAAUGUUAACAAAAGAUAUAUAUCCCCUUGUGUUUCUUUACAUGAUGGUAAUCAAGUAUAAAUAGUUUAAAAUACAAUUCUGCCAAUAUGAACAUAUUUAAUUUUCUGUAAUAUUAUUUUACAUACAGAUGAUAAUGAAGGAGGUUUUCUGUGCAUAUAAAAUGGAAUGCAAUAAUUUACAACAACAACAACAAAUAUUGCACAUUAAUGUCAAACAAUAAACUUUUUUUUUUAAAAAGCAGUAAAAACAACAAAUAUUAUGAUUAAUUUUUUAAGAAUGCAUUCUACCUAUUAAAGGGAUAGUUCACCCAAAAAUGUAAAUUCUUUCAUCAUUUACUCACCCUCAUUGCCAUCCUAGAUGUGUAUGACGUUUUUUUCUUCUGAUCACAAACAAAGAUUUUUUGAAGAGUAUCUCAGCUCUGUAGGUCCAUACAAUGCAAGUGAAUGGUGACCAGAAAUUUGAAACUCCAAAAUCACAUAAAGGCACCAUAAAAUGAAUCCAUACGACUCCAGUGGUUAAAUCCAUAUCUUUAGAAGCAAUAUGAUAGGUGUGGGUGAGAAACAGAUCAAUAUACCACUUUUAAUUUCACAUUAUUUAUGCAUAUCCCCACCUACUUGGCAGGGAGGAGAAUUUAUAGUAAAAAAAAAUACUUAAAUAUUGAUCUG